AUGAGUCGCAAGAGAAAUCUGACUUUUUCGGGUACUAACCUGUCCCCCGAACUCCAAGGGACCUUCAUGGAGCCUCCGUGCCGCGCCGACGGCGAUUUCCUGAACCUGGAGCCCGACGAGGAGCUCCUGUGCUCGGUCAGCUCGGUGAGCGAACACCUGGGCAGGAACAUCAGCGCCGCGCUGGACGCCGCCAUGAACGAGAUACGACACAUGCUCGCCGUCAGGAUACGAGCGCUCAAAAUGGAGCUGAGGGACAAAACCGACGAGAUCGCCGUGUUGAAAGCCAAGCUAAGCGACAGGGAAGCCAAGGAGGCUGCGGAAUCGCCCCUCGACGCCACGGAGGCGCCACCUGACGCCGCCUUCAGGAGCUCCAAGAUGCUCAGCGUGGACCCCAAACGAGAGAAAAAGUCCCUCCUGCCCGGGGUGAAGAAGGAGAACAUUGACGCUAUUUGUGACUACCUGAUGAAAGACAAGAACUCUAGAGGCGCCGCAGAGAUGGAGGGAGGUGAGCAAGGUACCCAGGAGGAGGAUCCGCAUCCCCUCCACCUGUGGCCUGACGGCGGGAUGAGCUCUUCCGCGCCUUCGGGACACACGGACGACAUCUUCAACAUGCUGCCCUCCAGCAGCAGGCGCUUGUACGACUAUGAGUGGAUAGCGCCCAUGGAGUACUCGUCAGACCUCAAGGGUAUGAAGCAACCAGAGUGUGAAAACGAAGACGAGGAGGAGGAAGGUUCAUCAGAACAGCCUACGACCCGAUUCCCGCAUGUCCAGCCUGCCGAUUUCUCCACCGUUCCGGGUUCCCCCGGUGAGGGCGGCGCCCAUCCGCCCCCCGAGACAGGUCAGCAGUUCCCAAACCACACCUUCAUCUGCUCCUUGUGCGGAACCUUCUGUCCCGACUCGGCGUUCCUGGAGGAACACGUUAAACUCAUACACUCGGACGCCCGAGCUCUCCAGGUCCCGCAGACCGCGGCGGGAGACAAAGCUCAGGCGGCGGACGCCGAGGAAGGGGCGGCCGACGCAAAGGAGUCCCCGCUCAAGGGCAGGUACGAGUGCGGGGACUGCGGUCGGCGUUUCAACUACCUGGGCAACCUGCGGCAGCACCAGCGCAUCCACACUGGGGAGAAGCCCUUUGUCUGUCCGGACUGCGGGGAGCGCUUCCGCCACGCCGCCCGGUUGAAGAGCCACAGGCUGGUGCACAGUGGCGCCCAGAGCCCCUUUCCCUGCCCACAGUGCGGCAAAGGCUUCUCAGUCCUCUCCGGGCUCAAGAGACAUCAACGGGUGCACACGGGCGAGAGCCCCUACGCCUGCCCGCAGUGCGGCCGGCGCUUCAAGGAGCUGGGAAACCUCUACACCCACCAGAGGAUCCACAGCGGCGCCACGCCGUACUGCUGCCAACAGUGCGGACGGAGUUUCCGGCACCUCGGCACCUACAAGAGUCACCGAUGCACUCCCGCACAGUGA